GAAUAUCUAUUCUAAUUCGUACCUAAGCAUGGGCUAUUAUUUUUCAAACAGGGGCUAAUCAAUCGUAUUCUAAGCGAGGGAUCUCGAUUGUUUAAGUGUUUUUUUCGAAUUUGGGGCCGUUUUGAUUCUCGGGGGAAUGCGUUCCAGAGUCGUAAAUACGUUCGAUUCAAACUUUGAUUCGCUAAUUUUUUGUUAUCCACGAUCAUCUCUUUUUCAAUUAUCGUAUUUCGGUGGCGGGACUUUUUUCACUUUUCCAUCCAGAUCCCUUUGAUCGAAUCUUUGUCACAUCAACUGUUUUCUGCAUAUUCCAAACGCACCAUGACGACCACCGAACAACAAUCCAUUGUAUCGUCCUGCUGGGAAAACAAUCACACAACGAAUUCAUUGUCGUCCGCCGUCUUCGAAAUAUCGAACACGCUUCCAAAAAUGCGAAAGCUUUCCUUCCCAUCGCGAGGAAGGUCUACGUCGUGUCCGCUCCUCUCACAAGGUUUUCUUCGCCUUUGUUGUUGGCUUUUCUUUGAGAAGUCACAUUCUUCGGAUGAACAGAACGAUCUGCUUGAUCAAAAGCGGCAACUCAUUGCCAUCUUGGAAACGUUAAAAGAUUUUAGAAGCGACAUUCAAACUACCCAAGAAAUGACCUUGAUGACUGCUCUGGAGGAAAGCUUGCAAUCGAUGGAAAGGAAUGUGACAGCUCUCACGUCGGCCAUUUUCCCACCGUCGGUAUUGAGUAUGCAAGAGUACGUCAGCGCAGUAGAUCUAUUCAUGAGACUGCCGAUACGACGUCGGAUUGCGUUCUGUGCGGCUCUCGCAUUGGAAAACAGUAUCGAGGCGGCCCCGGAUUUGGAUCAAGUGCCCGAAAUUGUUGCACUCAUUUACAACCAGCGCGUCGCUUUGACACGACAAAAUUUGCAGGAUACAACCAAAGUAGCUAACACGGUACUCGUCGAUUCUCCUCAGCAGCAGAAUAGUUUUGUGAACGUGACGGUAUCGGAAUUGCCUUGCUGCAAAGAAGAACGGACAUUUCGAACAAUGUUCAAUCCAUAUUUUCAAACAAUCGUCGCACGACGGACGUUCGAAGCGAACUACAACAACUACUCCCACGUGUGA